CUUUAUUCCCAACUUUCCCUCUUUUCAUAUCCUGCUGCCACGUGGCUCACUCAUGUGUUUAAGCGUCUUUUAGCUCUCAUGACCGAACGAAAUUUCACGCCCGUUUCUUUCUAUCUUCUCCGCACUCACCUAUUUUUCACAGCUGUUUGCUUGGGAAAUUCACCUAAAGCUAUUCAGAAUUCAAAACCUAUCUUCAAACUCGCACAUCUCACACGAGUUUUACCACUUACAAGACCAACAGGUCUCUCAUCCACUUGCUUUCGAUGUACGGGAUUACCCACCUUUGGGCCAUUGCCGCUCUAGUUCAAUCAUCUUGAUGUCCAAAUGGAUAUAAAAAAUCACGGCUUCGGCGAUUAAAGUGCUCAUUGAGUUUGAAUACAACUUAAACAAUUGUUUGAGCCUCACAGUGUUCCCUUUUGAGGAAGUAUAUAUCUUGACAUCUUACCAUGUAUAACACGCCUCUCCCGCUCCCCAUCCACGGAAUUACCGCAAUUUUGAGGGACGUCACAGCACAAACCACUGCAAUACAAGUUGGUGAAGCUAAUUGAUGAGUUAACCAUUGUACCACCUUCACCAACAUAUAUUAGCUGACCUCCCGACAACAGUUGACGAAGAUCUGCAAUGGGGGGAAAUCAGAUGGUUAUUAACAACCAAGGAAAAGGAAAAAGGAAGGUGAAUAUAGAAACAUGUCAAAAAGAGAUGCUUCCAAGGAUUCCCCGACCGGUUAUGGUGAUUCUUUGUAUUUUUUAUUCAUUUUUACACUCAUGUGCUUUCUUUCUAAGGUGAUGAACUAUUCUAGGUUCUCCAUUCUAAUGGCAUUGCACAAGUUCUCUUUUAGGAGGCAUUGUAUAAUAUUUUAGUGCUUCUAUGUAUGGGUUAUGGUGAAGCUCUUGAAACUGAGUCCAAAAAGUUAGUUGAAAUGGCAGCUGAUGAUGUUCCACUCCACAACAUUCAUGCGAACACCAAUCUGAUUGGGUAAGAUUCACAUGGAAAAUAUAAAUGACUGAUGUUCUUAAGAUGGGUAAGCUGCAAAAUAAGCACCACAUGUCCCAAGUUAAUUAUUUAUGAAUGGUUUUGAAAAGAUAAUCGUGUUAAUUAUUUAUGUCUUCCUUAGAACUAUAUCAUCAAAAGCAGAGAUCAUUUUUAUGGGAGCAAAUUUCACCACAAACUCCCUAACUAAAAUUUCUUUAAUAGUACCAUCCGAUCUAUCCACAUUAAAAAGUAUAUUAUUUCAAAUCGAAUUGAGUUUGACAUUCAUUUCCAUUAAAUUUAGUCUUAUUUCAUAUCUUAUUCAGUACAACAAUACUCCUCUUAUUACUCAAUUUCUCCCAAAAGUGUGAGUUAAUCAAUAUUUGAAGGGCUGUGACAUAUAUAAUAUGGUUUUGGUAUUGCUUUUGAUUUUUAUAUUUAUUUUGGAAAACUGGAAAUGGGUUUGUUUUUGUAGCUAAUCCACUUGCCUUAUCACUUCAGUAUGAGUUUUGCAUUUGACUCAUUCGUUUUUACUAAUAAUAAGUUAAAGUCCAAUUUUUUUUCUUGACUCAUCGGAUUUUACUUGAGGAACGGAACAGCUUCUAAGUCUAGGAUAUUUCAAGAAAUCUAGGCAAAACUUUCGUUGUGUAGUUUUCUAUCCCCUUCGAAUUUCAGUGUCGAUAUACUUUUGCAUCUCUUGAAAUGAUAUGUGAUAAGUCCGUAUUUAGACACGCAUUUGAUGCGUGUUGGGAUCGGCUUUUGAUGGUUUUCCUAGCUUUAAGGUGUUACAAGUCUCAAUUUUAGCUCAAGUUAUGUUUAUCGGGCGUUGGUUCGAGUUUUGUGUUGUUUGGAGUCAAAAUCAGGAAUUUAGAGUCCGGCACCGGCGCUUAAGAAGCAAUCGGGAAGAGUUGGAGAACAUUCGAGAGAGAUUUGAGAGUUUUGGAGGCCACCAGGAGGUUCACGGCGAAGAUUUGAUGAAGAAACGGCCUUUGGAUUGAUUAAAGAAGUAUCCGGGAGCAAACGGGGGAAAAAAUGGCAAGAAAACGGUCCAAGAGCAUUCCGCGCGCCCCGCGGUGCGGUUCUGCACGCCCCGCGGACGAUUCUGAAAGAAAAUAGUUGAGGGGUCUGAACCGCACACCGCGCGGCCGAAACCGCACACCGCGCGGUCUAGAAAUAGCCCCCAGAAGUACCCG